UUUUACGUCAUCUAAAAGCGCGCAAGUGCCUUGUGGCUGACAGCAGUUAGUAAGCCACACGGUUAGUUAAUGCUUUUAGGACAAUCCCUUCAUUUUCACAUUUCUUGAAUUAAUACGAUGUCUUCGCUCCUGAAGGUGGACAAUGAAAUCAAAACAAAGGUUGAUGCUUUUAGAGAACGAAUUACAUCAGAGGCUGAAGACUUGGUUGCAAACUUUUUCCCGAAGAAAUUGUUAGAACUGGACCAGUUUUUGAAGGAUCCCACAAUUAAUAUCACGGAGCUGCAGGAAAUUCAUUCAGAGAUCAAUCUGACAGUGCCAGACCCAAUUCUGCUUACAGACAUCCACGAUGGGAUUGAGGGGCAAAAUGCUAAAAAGAGGAAAUUUGAAGAUGGAGCAGGAGACGACAAAGUUGGCGGGACCAAGGUCUUUGUCAUGCCUGGUGGAAUGAUGAAAAGCAAUGGCAAGCUGGUGGAGCUGAUUGAAAAAGUCAAGCCUGAAAUCAGAACUCUUAUGGAAAAAUGCAACACAGUCAAGAUGUGGGUUCAGUUGUUAAUCCCUAGAAUAGAAGAUGGCAACAAUUUUGGUGUCUCAAUUCAGGAGGAGACGGUUGCUGAACUCAGAACAGUGGAAGGGGAAGCAGCAUCUUUCUUAGACCAGAUAUCCAGGUACUAUAUCACAAGGGCAAAGCUGGUUUCCAAAAUAGCAAAAUACCCUCAUGUUGAGGAUUAUCGCCGCACAGUGACAGAGAUUGAUGAGAAGGAAUACAUCAGCCUCAAGAUUAUAGUGUCAGAACUGCGAAAUCAAUACGUAACAUUACAUGACAUGAUCCUGAAGAACAUCGAGAAGAUCAAGAGGCCGAGAAGCAGCAAUACUGACGCCCUGUACUAAGACCCCCGUCCCCUUUCCUUCCCGGCCCGAUUCUCCACCAUUUGGAGCUCGUGUUAGCUUUCAGGUGGUUCUAGAAUAGUUCCGUCACCCAUUAUGACCAGGCCAAGAGACGCACCACUCGAUCGGGCCUGAUAGAACAUGCCACUUAAGAUAGAAUUGUAAAAUAUUGUCACUAUUUUAAACCCUUCAAAAUAAGCCCUUUUUUGUUUUGUUUCUUAGCGGACAGUGUAAAUGUAUAAAGGCAGAGCCUGAACAUGCGUCGCAAAGAAACUGUCUCCGAUUUGUUUUUCUUUAUUUAAUUAAAGAAACACUUCAAUCGUGAGUUUCUUUUUUUUAUCAUUUGCAAAGCCAAAGUCCAUGUAGUUCAGUUUUUGAAUCCACUUCUGAGACUCUCUGGGUCGCGUGAUUGAUGGAUCUACCCUUGAUGGUCGGUUUCUCCGGUCGAGAAGCUCUUAUUGAUGCUGUAUUUCACUUAAGCGUUUUGCGUUGUUCAUCUGAAAUGUACGUGUAGGCUAAAGAGUGGAAGCGAGGCAGUUCAUGUGCAAGAUUUUAUUUGGAGUGUGAGCUGACAAUUAUUACAUGGAGUAUUAUAUUUUCAUCUGAAACGACUGAUUCAUCAAAUCCUGGAAGCUUUUUAUUGUUCUUUUUGUCCAGUUUUAAGAGUGAUACAUUUUGCUGAAUAAACUAUUGUUUUUACAAUA